AUGGCUCUUAAUUUUCUUCUGCUGGUGGUUCCUGUGUUCUUGUUUGUGUUAUCAGCUUUUUUGGUUGUUCGUUCAUGGGGUUGGCCAAAGGCAAUGGAGGAGAUUCCUGGGAAUUUGGGUUGGCCUAUUGUUGGUGAAAGCUUUUCUUUUAUAUCAGAGUUUGGUAGCCCUGCUGGUAUUUGCAGUUUCAUGAUCAAGAGGCAGAAGAGGUUUGGAAAGGUUUUCAAGACCAGUGUGCUAGGGAGACUGAUGGUGUUCAUGACGGGAAGCGAUGCCGCCAAGAUUUUACUGACAGGGAAGGAUGGUAUGGUGAGCUUAAACCUGUUCUACACCGGCAAGCAAGUCCUAGGCCAAGGCAGCUUGCUUCAGACCAAUGGUGAAGCCCACAAGAGGCUGCGGCGGCUGAUUGGAGAACCGCUCUCAGUUGAUGGCUUAAGGAAAUACUUUCAGUUCAUAAACAAUUUGGCCAUUGAAACUCUAGAUGAAUGGUCUGGAAGAAAGAUUUUUGUUCUUGAUGAAGCUUCCACAUUCACUCUUAAAGUUAUUGGCAACAUGAUCAUGAGCUUGGAGCCUGAAGGAGAGGAGCAAGAGAAGUUUAGAGACAAUUUCAAGAUAAUCUCUUCUUGUUUUUCGUCUUUGCCUCUUAACAUCCCAGGAACUGCUUUCUAUCGUGGUAUGAAGGCACGGAAACGAAUGUUCGAGAUGUUAGAUUUGAUCAUUGCAAAGCGACGGAGCGGAGAAAUUUGCCGACAGGAUUUCUUGGAUUCACUGAUAAUCAAACACAACAAAGCAGGAGGAGACAGUGAUGAAGAGAAACUCACUGAUGCACAAUUGAAGGACAAUAUACUAACUCUGCUGAUUGCUGGCCAUGAUACAACAACUGCAGCUCUCACAUGGCUGAUCAAAUUUCUCGGAGAAAAUCCUAAUGUGUUGGAAAAACUGAGAAUUGAACACCAACAAAUUCAAGAAAAGAGAAAGGGAGAAAAUCUCACAUGGGCUGAUGUUAACAACUUGCCUUACACUGCCAAAGUACUCAGUGAAACUCUGAGGAUAGCAACAAUUCUACCAUGGUAUUCAAGAAAAGCUGCUUUGGACUUUGAAAUUGGUGGAUACAAGAUCAAGAAAGGGUGGUCAGUAAACUUGGAUGUUGUUUCAAUUCACCAUGAUGCUAGAGUUUUUCCUGAACCCCAAAAGUUUGAUCCAUCAAGAUUUGAGGCACCAUUGAAGCCUUUCAGCUUUCUUGGAUUUGGGAGUGGACCAAGAAUGUGUCCUGGAAUCAACUUGGCAAAGCUGGAAAUUUCAGUGUUCAUCCAUCACCUUGUCUGCAAGUACAGAUGGAUAUCUUUGGAGGAGGGGAAUGAUUCAGUGCAGCCAACUCUAGUGAGGAUGCCUAAGAACAAGUAUCCAAUUAAAGUGGAACCACUGUGA